CAGCAUCUGCAACAAAUAAUGACAGCAGUACUGCCCUCUACGACUGGCCUGUUAGGACUGUGGAAUGGUACGAAUGACGGCGAACAUGGAUACCUUGACUAUGCGACGGGGGAGACGAACGUAAAUCGUCCUAAGGAGUAUGAGAUUGAAGCCCAUGACAUUCGCAGUUUUGAUCCCCAGGUCAAUUUUGAUCGGUAAUGGUUAUUAAUUCGUCGAUAUCCCUACUGUGGUGACCGAUGAGUAAUUUACGGUAGUUGAUAAGACUGAAGAAGGGAAGGCAUUCAUCCAGGAAAUUUACUUCAAGGAGUGCAAGAGAGUCAUAG